CAAGUCGCGCGCGCUUUUUGACGUAAAGUGCUCGAGAAAUUCCGGAGUCGCGCCGCGUCGCGAAUCAGUGAUAAGAGAAACAAAUAUUAAUAUCAAAUAUUUACAGCAAGCAAAAAGCAAAGAAAGAAGGGAAAAUAAAAAUAAACUGAAAUUAAGGGAAAUAUUUGUCGCGGGCAAACGAUGGAAGAGUGCUAAGUGUUUGUAUCCCAGAUAAAUACUACCCCUCCUCUCUGUAACGGUGAUUUUUUUCGAGUGUCGCGAGUGUCAAUAUGUGCGAGAUCUGAAGAUAAGAUAAAGAAAGAUAUAAGGAGAAAGAGCAUAGCGAAAGCAGUCAAGAAUUAACCUCUGAAAGCAGCAAAUUGCAACCGCGAGAAACCCCAAAAUGUGGCUAAAAAUCCUCCUCCUAGUGCUACCCACAAUCAUCCAGGGCGUCCAGCGGUACGACCAGACGCCCCUGGACGCCAGUCCCUACUACCGCAGUGGCGGCGGCCUGAUGGGGCCCGACCUGAGCGGCACCUCCGCCACCUCCUUGGACGGCUUCCCGCACCACAACCGCUGCGAGGCGAUCACCAUUUCGAUCUGCAAGAAUAUACCCUACAACAUGACCAUUAUGCCCAAUCUGAUCGGACACACCAAGCAGGAGGAGGCCGGCCUGGAGGUCCACCAGUUCGCGCCGCUAGUCAAGAUCGGCUGCAGCGACGACCUGCAGCUCUUCCUCUGCUCCCUGUACGUGCCCGUCUGCACCAUCCUCGAGCGCCCGAUCCCGCCCUGCCGCUCCCUCUGCGAGUCCGCGCGCGUCUGCGAGAAGCUGAUGAAGACCUACAACUUCAACUGGCCGGAGAAUCUCGAGUGCUCCAAGUUCCCCGUCCACGGGGGCGAGGACUUGUGCGUUGCCGAGAACACCACCUCCUCCACACCGGCCCCCACCAGGAGCGCCCCCAAGGUGACCACCAGGAAGCACCAGCUAGGAGUCGAAAUACCCCAUCGUAACAUUGGAUUCGUCUGCCCCGUCCAGCUGAAGACGCCGCUGGGCAUGGGCUACGAGCUGAAAGUCGGUGGAAAGGAUCUCCAUGACUGCGGGGCCCCAUGCCAUGCCAUGUUCUUCCCGGAGAGAGAGCGGACCGUUCUCCGCUACUGGGUGGGAUCCUGGGCGGCAGUCUGCGUGGCGAGCUGCCUUUUCACAGUGCUCACCUUCCUGAUCGACUCGUCGCGCUUUCGCUACCCCGAGCGGGCCAUCGUCUUUCUGGCCGUCUGCUAUCUGGUCGUCGGAUGUGCCUAUGUGGCCGGCCUCGGAGCGGGCGACUCCGUGUCGUGCCGCGAACCAUUUCCGCCGCCAGUCAAGCUCGGACGCCUGCAGAUGAUGUCCACCAUAACCCAGGGCCACCGUCAGACGACCUCAUGCACCGUAUUAUUCAUGGCAUUGUAUUUCUGCUGCAUGGCCGCCUUCGCGUGGUGGUCGUGCCUCGCGUUCGCCUGGUUCCUGGCUGCCGGCCUCAAAUGGGGCCACGAGGCAAUUGAAAAUAAAUCGCAUUUAUUCCAUUUGGUUGCCUGGGCGGUGCCCGCCCUGCAGACCAUCUCCGUCCUGGCCCUGGCCAAAGUUGAAGGCGACAUUCUCUCUGGCGUUUGCUUUGUCGGACAGUUGGAUACCUACUCGCUGGGCGCCUUCCUCAUACUGCCCCUGUGCAUAUACCUUUCGAUCGGAGCGCUCUUCCUUUUGGCUGGCUUCAUUUCCCUAUUCCGCAUACGGACCGUGAUGAAGACGGACGGCAAGCGAACGGACAAGCUGGAGCGUCUGAUGCUGAGGAUCGGCUUCUUUUCGGGGCUUUUCAUACUGCCCGCCGUGGGACUGUUGGGCUGCCUGUUCUACGAGUACUACAACUUCGACGAGUGGAUGAUACAGUGGCAUCGUGACAUAUGCAAGCCCUUCUCCAUACCCUGUCCGGCUGCCAGGGCGCCGGGCAUGCCCGAGGCCCGGCCCAUUUUCCAGAUCUUCAUGGUGAAGUAUUUGUGCUCGAUGCUGGUCGGAGUCACCUCCAGCGUCUGGCUAUACUCCAGCAAGACCAUGGUCAGCUGGCGCAACUUCGUGGAGCGGCUUCAGGGCAAGGAGCCGCGGACGCGGGCCCAGGCGUAUGUCUAGUAUGAGACGGGCGCAGCGGGCACCGGAGCUGGACCCAAUGGCGGCACGGCGGCGGCGGGGGACCCCGAGGCGGCUAACGAGAGUUACUUAGUGUUUAGCACGUAGAUCCCCGAUCCCCGAUCCCCAAUCCUCAAUCUCCCAGACUCAGACCCCAGUCGUAACCGUAACCGUAACCUUAACCGUAACCGCAACCAUAAAUGCAGUCGUAGUUUGUAGUGCUCGUAGCUUGUAUAAAGUUCAUCUCCUCUCCCCAUACCCAUCCCCGCCCCCCCACUCUGAUCAUAGAAAUCAAAAGUUGACCCUAGGGCCUAGGCUAUUGUUUUUUGAAUCGUCUUAGUUGAUACGAAAGCAAGCUUGUUGAACCAAAACUAUCCAUUAAGUCGAGUUGUAUUUUGUAUUUGUAGUGUUCUAGUUAGGCUUUCAUCGCUUUCAUUGCUCUACGUACGAGUAUACGACUUCAAUUCUGAUCUUUCAUCUUUGGACGACGCAUUGGAAUUCAUGUGGAUUAAGUUAGACUUUUUUUUUUAUUUUUGAAAGCUUUAAAUGUGCCCUACCAUUAAAGAACAUAUAAUAUAUAUAUAUAAAUACAUAUAUAGAAAUUAAGUUGUGACGAUAAUGAUAUGAGUGUUAGAAUUUAGAUGUGAUGUGGAUGUGAGCAGCGACUGGUCUCUCAAUUUCAGUAAUCAGUAGAUCAGACACAAAACACGAAUCGUUUACUAUAAAGUAACCACAAACCACACCGAAAGCAGCUACUGUCCUUUACUGUACUGUACUGUACUGUCCUGUGUCGACUGCUCACAUCGUUGGAAGUGCUUGAAAUCUAUGUAUAAAGGGAAACCAUACGCAGUUGAAAUGUAUUAUGUAGUAGCAAUAAAUGUCCUCCAUGUGCUAAACCUAAUGCAGAUACGAUUAUUAUAAUGUUAACUGUAACUCUAACUGUAACGUAACUCUACUCUAACUGUAAUUGUAUAUUUGUUGAGCUAAUUAAUUCUAAAUGCGUAA